AUGCGACCGGGAGAUCGCGGCGGCAAGCGUUCCAACACGGUGGGCGAAGGCGGCAGGUCCCUCAACGCCGUCGAGUCGGGCGACGGCUGGCGCGGCGGACUGGCUGUCGACGGCGAGCUCGCGAGCGCGCGCGUCAACGACGACGACGCCAAAGAAGGCGACACCAUUAUGGUGGACGCUGCACAGAUGGCCGCUGCGGCGGCCGCCGGCACCGACCGCGGCACGAAGCGCCUGCUGCACGUCGCGCUCGCGGCGCGCGACGGCUCGCACAUCCCGGACAUCCAGAACAAGACGGCGCUCGUCACCGAGGUGCGCCAAUUGAUCAAGAAGACACCAGGCGGCGAGGCGCAGCAGGCAAGCGCGAUCAGCGUGCCCAUCAUCGGCACGUCGCGCGCCAUCUGCGUCGCCUUCAGCGGCGAGAGCGAGGCACGCGCCUUCCUCGAGCAGUACACCGGCGGUGGCGUCCUACAGCUCCCAGCGCCAGACAACAUCACCAUCACCUUCGCCGCUCUCGACGCCACCGUGUGGGGCAAGCAGGCGGAGGCGCGCGAGACCCAGGCGACCACGGACUCAGACGGCCUCCUCGCCAUACGCACGCGCGGCGCCAUCGACACCGCGGCCCAGAUCGAGCACUUCGCCCCCCUCUUGGAGAAGCACUUCGGCAACAUGGUCUCCAUCCAGGAGGGAUACCACUCCUUCCUGGGCACGAAGUCGGACGAGAAGGACGGCUCGAUCCUCUUCAAGGUGAAGAACGAGAACCUCGUCUGCAACCUCCCGGUCCUGCCCAACGUCUACGCGAGCGGAUCCGGGAAGGACGACCAGGCAGGGGGCACAGGAAACGGGAGGGAGGAGCGCAUCGCGACACGGAAAGGGGCUGGGCAGAUAAUAAAUAAAUCGGACACGCCACUUGCUCCCCGGCCCUGGCGCCUGGGUGUGUCGUGA